AAAAUAUCGUGUCAUUUUAUUGACUUGAUUAAAUCAAAUCAAAUGGGUAACUACGUCUCGUGUACACUAACACACCAAGACGGGAAGUUCUCGAGGGCUACGAAAGUAAUUUUCCCGAAUAACGAAAUUCGAAGAUUUCGAGAACCAAUCAAAGCGGCGGAAGUCAUGAUGGAAUCACCGAACUCGUUCAUUGUCCACUCCAAGUCCCUCCGUGUUGGAGCACGGUUCUCUGCACUUAACGCAGAUGAAGAUCUCGAAUUUGCAUCUGUAUAUGUUAUGUUUCCAAUGAACAAAGUUAACGCUGUUAUCACCACUGCUGACUUGGGUUUUCUUUUUAUAACCGCUAAAAAGAUUGAUGACAGAAGGAUUUGCAUAGAAAAUGUGCCGACACCGCUAAAGUCGAGAUUGGAGGAUACUGAAGAAAUGUCGUCGCUAGAGUUUAAACAUCGGAUAUCGACGUGUAGAUCAAAGAAGCCAUUGUUAGAUACCAUUGUCGAAGAGCAAGUUUGCUCCAGAUGGUCGGUUCAUGAACUUGUGAAUCUUUCUUUCCUUUAAUUUUUCAUAAAGUGUUGUUUUUAGUUUGAAUUAUGUUGAAAUAUAUGGGUUUUUUAUAAU